CGCCUGGGUCCCGCUGCCGCCGCCACCACCAUGCCCAAGAGAAAGGCUGAAGGGGAUGCUAAAGGAGAUAAGGCCAAGGUGAAGGACGAACCACAGAGAAGAUCCGCACGGUUGUCCCCUAAACCAGCUCCUCCAAAGCCAGAACCCAAGCCUAAAAAGGCCCCUGCAAAAAAGGGAGAGAAGGUGCCCAAAGGGAAAAAGGGAAAAGCGGAUGCUGGCAAGGAUGGGAAUAACCCUGCAGAAAACGGAGAUGCCAAAACAGACCAGGCACAGAAAGUGGAAGGUGCUGGAGAUGCCAAGUGAAGUGUGUGCGUUUUUGAUAACUGUGUACUUCUGGUGACUGUACAGUUUGAAAUACUAUUUUUUAUCAAGUUUUAUAAA